AUUAUAUUUUGACUAGCCCAUCUGAUAAAACAUGUCCAAUGAGAUGUGGUUCUCAAUGUAUCAUUCGACUGACUCUCAAUAGACUUCUCCAACGCCUUUAUGUUUUGAAUUCGUUUCCAGUCUUUUUAUUUUGUUUUUAUCUUAGUAUAACUAAAAAAUGGCUUUAAAAGAAAUCGCUGAAUUAUUCAAAAAACCUUUGACUAAGAUAUCGUUUCCUAAAGAAUGCGAAAAACAUGUUUAUUUAUAUCAUAAGCAUUUUCUUAAAACAAACAAAAGUAACCAAAGCAAAGGUUUAAAUCAACAAAAUCGAAAAGAACAUGAAACCGACGUAUCGAGGCAAAAGAAGAAGAAAGGGAAAACGAAAAAGAAAAAGAAAGCAAGUCAGACCACGCAGUCCACAAAGGUACAUAAUGGCAAGUCUCCCUCAGCAAAGACACCAAGUCAUAACAGCGACCAUGGUCAAAUCUCCUAUAAUAAAUCAGAUGGACAAUCCUCGUCAAGGGUAUUAGUAAAAACGCCAGUGAUAGAGGAAGAUCCAGGACUUGCUUUACCAGUUAGAAAAAUAGAAAAAACACAUAAAUGGCCGACAUUAUUGAGACCAGGGAAAGUUAGAACAAAUAACUUUGGGGGUAUAACGCCCUCUCACCAAGCUACUACACCUUCCAGAGCGGGCGUAACGCCUUUUCACGAUGGCGUAAGUCAAUCUUCAAGUAUAUCACUUCAAAAUAAACAGUCUCAUGAUUUACUUGGCAAAUUGUUAAAAAAUAAAAAAUAUGCACCAGUCAUAUCAGAGAAGAAUGAUGUUACGCCUGAAAGGCAUCACGAGAAAAUGGAUAUCUCGCACGAUCAUUCUAUUUUUACUGAUGAACCUUUACCACCGGGCGUCGAACCUGAUAAGGUGGAGUGUGAAAUUAAAGAAGAUUCGAACGUAAACAAACAUGAAAACCACCCUGGUGGAGGGUUUGACGACAUUCAAAGCACUAAAAAUCAUGAUGCGUUUAAUGGAAAUAAGAAUUUUCAAGAUAAACUUUCAGACCUUAUUUUAGGUGAAGUAAAAGGGAAAGAAAUUUCCCUUAAAAUGAAAAAGGAAGAAAGUUUCACUGAAGAGGAUAAUACUUCCAUAAAACCGAGUGCCGAAGACAAACAGAAUAAAAGUCAACCCUGGGAUAACGAAGAACAAAAGCCCUGGGAAUUGUAUGAUGAACCUUGCCCUCCUGGAAUGGAAGAUGACAUGCCAGAUAGUCAUGUCGCCAUGGAAACAAAUAAAAAAGCAACAACUGUAAAUAGCGUGACGAUUCAUUCAGACAACGCCCACGAUGGCGUUACAGUGAUUGAACAAAAGAAAAACAUCGAGACAAGUGUAACAGAUGUAGAAACUCGUUUUGAUAAGAAUUCAGCUCCGUGUGCGAAAUCUUGCAGCAUAAGUGGCGGUGAAAGAAACGUUGAAAAAAAUAAACACGAUGUAGUGAUGACGUCACGAAGAAUUACGCGCUCAAUGCAACAAAAAUUAUCAAGCAAUCAGAAUGUUAGUAGUUCACAACUCAUUGAUUUUCUUUCUCCUUCUGCAUCCAUGGAUAUUUCUAUGUUGACAGGCGAAACUCGUAAAAGAAAAAGUAAGUUUCUUUUGUUAUCUUGUGGUAACAAUCUCAUGGUGCAGUUAUAAAAGUAUAUUAUAUCAAAGUCU